UGUUGCUUGACGGGUUUGCGGAUGAAGUGAUGGAUUGUGGGGGGGUCUGGGGGGGGGGGGUACUGGCGCAUGGGAAACUUUUUCCUCCGUGGAAUCUGGACCACUUCAUGGCGGCAACACUGCUGUGGAAGCCGGUGUAGUUUUUUUUUUUUUUUUUCACGCUGCAUUUGAAUAACAAAUAACUAAAGGGGACUCAAACACGGGGAAGGUGGACGCUGUUGCAGUUUUUUCCUCUCAUCUGUGUCAAAAAAAAAUAUUUUUUUUUCUGGCUCUUAUGGGAAUUAAACACUCGUCCCGUUGCAUGCUCCUUAGGAGAAAAAUGGCGGAUUCUGACAGCAAUGAGCAGCCACAACCGCAGCAGGUCUGCAUCAUCCCAUCACAAUCGGCGCAGCCCACCUCUUUGCCGAAGCCUGUGCCUUGCAUCCCGCCCACCCCAAGACCCGUUCUCCCGCCUCACACGCCGCAUGCCGCCAGCCUUCCCAGCUGCCCCGGGCGGGGCAAGAUGGCCAAGCUGUGUAACCCUGAAGAGAUGACCUCAAAGGACUACUACUUUGACUCUUACGCCCAUUUUGGUAUCCAUGAGGAGAUGCUCAAGGACGAAGUGAGGACCCUCACCUACCGCAACGCCAUGUACCACAACAAGCACGUAUUCAAGGAUAAAGUAGUUCUGGAUGUGGGAAGCGGUACCGGGAUCUUAUCCAUGUUUGCAGCCAAAGCAGGAGCCAAGCACGUGUACGGGAUUGAAUGUUCCAGUAUUUCCGAAUACUCCGAAAGAAUCAUCAAGUCCAACCAUCUCGACAGCGUGAUCACUAUCAUCAAUGGAAAAGUGGAGGAAGUGGAGCUUCCGGUGGAGAAGGUUGAUAUCAUUAUAUCCGAGUGGAUGGGCUACUGUCUCUUCUACGAAUCCAUGCUCAACACGGUUAUCUUUGCCAGGGACAAGUGGCUGAAACCAGGUGGAUUCAUGUUUCCCGAUCGAGCGUCUUUGUACGUUUUGGCCAUCGAGGACAGGCAGUAUAAAGACUUCAAGAUCCAUUGGUGGGAGAACGUGUACGGCUUUGACAUGACUUGUAUCCGCGAUGUGGCAAUGAAGGAGCCUCUGGUUGACGUAGUGGACCCUAAACAGGUGGUGACCAACUCCUGCCUGGUCAAGGAAGUGGACAUCUACACGGUGAAGACCGAAGACCUUUCCUUCAUGUCAGCCUUCUGCCUGCAAAUCCAGAGAAAUGAUUACAUUCAUGCACUGGUCACCUACUUCAACAUCGAAUUCACCAAAUGUCACAAAAAGACUGGUUUCUCCACCGCUCCGGAUGCUGCCUACACCCACUGGAAGCAGACGGUGUUCUACCUGGAGGACUAUCUGACGGUGCGAAGAGGGGAGGAAAUCACCGGCAGCAUCGCAAUGAAGCCGAAUGACAAAAACGUUCGGGACUUGGACUUUACCUUUGAGCUGGAUUUCAAAGGACAACUGUGCGAGGCGGCUAUAUCCCACGACUACAAGAUGCGAUAAAUUUAGCUUUGAACCGCCUCACUCCUCCGUCCCUCGCCGCAAAGAGAAUUGGACUCCAAAGACCCUUCCUGGAAGCCCAUUGGUGCAGACUCUUGGAAAACGCAACUCUGAAUGUAAUCCUGAAAAAGACAACAUGUCGUCAGUUCGUGAUUCUUGCUGUGAUUCUGUACGUGGAAUGGAGUGACGUACCGGUUGUUUCUCGUUCCGUGGGUUGAUUUCCACUCCGCCUGUGGUUAGUGAACUGUUGAAUUUAGGCUGAGAAAUGGUAGAAAUAGAAUCCGAGCACCACAGCCAAGGAAAAGUACUCUACUGUACUGUAUGUAUAUGUGUAUUACAUGAAAAGGUAACUUCUUGGUUAGUAGUUGUUGUACUAAUGCCGUGUGUGUGAUGAAUGGUGUUAAAGGUCCAGUUGUUGCAGAGUACGUACGUGUGUGUAAGCUAACAGGAUCCAAUACAAGAGCUUUAUCAAUCUCAACUUCUAAGGUACUAUGACUAUUGUUCAUUUUGCAAAGGAUUUUUUUAACCCUUAAAUGCAUAAGUGGGUCCCAAA